CAACAACACCGACAAAAGGAAUAUCUUAACAGACUGGCUGUCUGGGACUGAAGAAUUACAAAAACAAUCUCCACCCCAACACUGAGGAAGAGCUGAACCAAGAGCAGGAAGAUGUUUGAUAAUACACAGUACCCCUAUAACUGUUUUAAUUAUGAUGGGGAUGACUAUCCAACCUGUAGUUCUGACGAAGAGAAAAAAUUCACCAGACCAGCAUACAGCUACAUUGCCCUAAUUGCAAUGGCCAUCCAGCAAAGUCCUUCAAACAAAGUGACCUUGUCUGGCAUCUAUGAUUUUAUAAUGAAGAAAUUUCCUUACUAUAGAUCAAAUCAAAGAGCCUGGCAGAACUCCAUCCGACAUAACUUAUCACUUAACAGUUGUUUUGUAAAGGUUCCCAGAACAGAAGGGAAUGAGAAGGGGAAAGGAAACUAUUGGAGCUUUGCAUCUGGAUGUGAAUCCAUGCUGGAUCUUUUCGAAAAUGGGAAUUACAGGCGGAGACGGAGAAGAAGGAACAUGAAAAGGGAACACAAAGAGCAGAGGCCAAGUGGAGGGAAAGAUCCUUCCUCCCCUGAAUCGUCUUCCAUGGAUUCUGGUUUAUACCGCAUCUCCUGUCGUGAAAGUAAAGGCGAGCCAACCGAAUCCGGCCCCAGACCCUUGGAGCCUCAUGGGUUCUUUCCAAACAACACCUCCAACAGACAGAGCCUAAACAACUCCUCCUUAGGAAAAUCUGACUCGGAAAUUAAAUUUAGCAUCGAUUACAUUCUUUCAGCCCCAGACCCUUUGCCUGUUCUGAGAUCUCCGUAUCACAUGCAAGAUAACAAAUACCAAUUCCUGGAGUCCCAAAAUAUUAAUCUCCAGUUCUGGACAAUGUGAUAUUAUUCGUACCUGGUAACAAAUUCUGUGAUACAGUCUAUACAACAGCCUGGUAUCACUGAGUGUCAUCAGUUGGCCGUCUUUUUCCACAGUAGUAGUCAGAAAGGGUGAGGAGUAACUUGAUCAGCCAGCUGAGAUGCUAUUUAUACCACAAGAACUUAGUUUUCUGAGGUUAGAGUCUAAUAUCUAACUAAUAACCCGGUUGAUGGCCUUGACAUCUUGUGAAACUGCAGUAUUAUUUUCUAAAAUAUCACUGACACCAGCUUGCUUUGCGUGGAUUUUCCUUUCUCCUUUAAAUCAGUCUACUUUCAGCUUGCUUCUGUCACAUCGGACUUUGUAAAAGACAAGGGAGAUGUGACUUCACUUACACCGGUGUAAAUUAGGAUUAACUCCACUAUAUAGGCCAGAUCUUUCACUGUUGUCAAUCCAGUGUGGUGCCAUUGAUUUAUAUCAGCUGAGAAUCUAGUGGGUUUUUUUCUUAAAUUGGGUCAAGAAGACAAUUUAGCCCAUCCUAUUUUGCUACAUUCGGUAUUAUGGCUCGGACUAUUUGGGUAGUAUAUAGCAUAAGUCAGUCACUGUGCUAUUUGAGAAAUAUGCUUAUUCAUUGCAUGAUUAUGGAAUGUUUUGUUGCAAUUCAGGGCAUAAUUGCAUAGCCAGUGGAAGUGAAAUAGUAUUCCAAUUAAUUCCAUGAAAGUUAUUGCAGGGCUGCUGAACUCUGGUAAACUUUGAUGGCUGAUAUUACAGAGACUGACAGACUCACAAUAUCUAUGAUUAAAACAAUUUUUCCUGAGAUGUAAGAAAGCCCUUGCACAGCUUUUACAUGGUAAGCAUAAAUGAAGGAUCGGCCCUGCAAGAAACUGUAUCCAGUGACAAAAUGUGGGGAAAAGUAAGGUCUCCCUACCUGCUUUGAGACAAGUUGUACCUUCCUAUUACAUGGAUUUUUAUUGAUUCUUCCUGCAAGCAAUCGCCAAAGUGGAACUUGAUACAAUUUCAGCAAAACUGGUGAGAUUUAUAAUGUAGAGACACUGACAUUAGGAUCAUAAAUGCCAUUUAAAAUUACUGUAGCUUGAUUGCCCUAUACACUGUAGAUGGAUAUUUUUAACAAAAAAAUUACAAUUAUGUACAAUGUUAAGAUAUGACCAAUACGUAGUC